GUUCUUAUGAGAUUGUUUCAAUGUUUUUACAGUAGCUUCACACAGGAUAAUCGUCACUUUAAUUCAGCAUAAGGUGAAAACAGGACGCGGAGAAAUUUCUUUAUCGACUUUGGUAGAAAUUCCCUGACAAGAGUUUCGACAAUUCAGUGCGCGUUCCUCGAGUACUCAUCGGAGAGUUUCGACGUCGAAAGGAAAGCUCAACGGCUGAUUUUGAAACAACGUCGAAAAUAAACGAAGUCGUGUUAUCGUGUGAGCAUCAAAUCCUGUUAAAAGUAGGCGGUUCUAUCAGACAAGGCGUUUGGGUUAAUUGGAAAGCUGUCAAUUCAUUGAUUGAUCAUUAUAUUCAUUCAUUUCUAAGGCUAUUUUGAUAUCAGUACUACAGAGGUCGAGAACUUUGCAAAUAUAUGUAUGGCAAGGCCUCAACCCAUUUCUUGAGGAUGUUCAGCAUUGUAGUGCUUCAAUACCCGAAUUUAAUGGAACACGAGAAGAUUUCGUGCAGGAAAUAUUUCACUUGUUGUUAUUUUUGAUAAUUAUAAAGCUACCUAUUCGUGUAUCAUUCCACGUAAAGCAUGUUCUACAUAUCAUCCAAUAUUGUAAAAGAAACCCACGGCAUGGCAAAUCCACUUGCAAUCAAACGUGUUCUUUGUGUCGUGUUCAUAUCAAUCCUACUGCUUGAUGGUGCUUGUGCAUUUUUCAAACAUUCCGCUGGAACGUGCGCGAAAUGUAAAGAUGAUAAUAAAAUGGCUGCAUGGCAAAUAAAACAAAAUAAUAUUGACACCAGAAGAAAAUGUAUGUACGCGAUGCGAUAUCUAAAUUGUGCAGAGCUGCUUCAUCAACAAUGUCGAGAGGAUGUUCAAUUUCAAGCCGAUCUGACCGUCAUGCGUUCAUUCAGAGACAAAUGGAAUUGCUCCACCAAGAACAUCACGUUUGACGAUGCGGCGGAGCCAGGUAAGACCGACACAAAUCGCGAGAGUUGCCAAAGACCCAAUUUCAAAUCUAAGUAUAAAGUGUGUGGUUUAUUUGGGGAUCCACAUCUACGAACGUUUUCGGACAAGAGGCAUACGUGUUCGGUGGAGGGUGCUUGGCCCUUAUUUGCCAACAGGUUUUUGACAGUACAAGUCACAAAUAUACCGCUGGAGAACGGUUCGAGGGCUACUGCGACCAGUAAGGUUACAGUGAUUGUGAAAGGUAAUAAAAAAAAAUGCAUCGAAGAGAAGACGUAUCAAGCCCGAAGCAAUUCCUUACCAAAGCAUUUCACAGAUGGAACAAAGUCAAGUGGAGAUAAAGAGUGUCCUACUACCGUGAAACCUUUCAGGAAAAAACGCCGUAUCAUGAUAUACAUUUGCCCUUUGAAAACCAAGAUUAUCAUAAGACAAGUGGGAAAAUACCUUACUGUACACAUGCGAGUACCAAAGGCCAUGACUGGAUAUAAAACGAAAGGAUUAUGUCAGCGAGGCUGUCCCCCAUUGGAGCAAAUGAAAUGGGACAAAAUGAGCACGCUUGACAGGCUCAUUGCAUCCCUGUAUAAAAAAGAUCAACUCACUAAAAGAGUGCGAAGAAAACGUGAGAGAAGAGCGAGAAAACUGUGCGGGAAAGCAAACAUCCGUGGUUUUUAUUACAAAUCGUGUUUCUUCGACAUGCUGACGAGCAAUGAUGCAAGUUUCGUGAAAGCAGCUAAGAAAGCAAUGAAAGAUUUCCACACGAUCAAUAAAGACGACAAAGGAAGACCUAUCGUCAAUGAAACAGAGCGUGAUUACUGGACAGGACCUUCCGUGGGAGCGAUCUCAUCUUCAACAAAAUCACCUGAUUCAUCUAGUCAAGGUCUAAGUAUGAGCUGGUAUACCAUGAUGUUGUUAGUCAUAUCGGUGAUGGGGGUGAUAAACAAAUAACUGGGAUAGACCUCUCUUACGCAGAGGUGUAUGUACCUGUAUCCGUAAAGGAAGUCCAAAGAAAGAAAGAAAUUUUCCCAAUGUGGAAAAUAAUAUAAGGAAAGAUAAUAGAAAUAUCUUACAUGGAAAAAGAUUUAUAAUGUGUAUCGUUGCAAGGAGAGCAAAGUAAAGCAAAUCGUGUGAUGUGUUGGCUAUGGGGAAAAUUAUAAGCACUUCAAAAGAAAAGAAAAUAAUUGGUACAGCUAUUCACAUACAUACUGUAGAAUGAACCAUGAUGUCUGAAAAAAGAGAUAAAUAUUCCUUCUCCUAAAAGAUCGAAAAUAGAAAGCAACGAACAUAGUUUGUAUACCAAACGGUUUUUUUCGAAUUUAAAUUAUUUAAAUUAUUGGUAGGGAACAGAUGUCCAGACAGUUGUUGUAACAAUAGAUGUUUGUCCUUUAUUGAUAAUUAUUUUGCUAAGGCCAAUAUAACUAAUUAACGUAUGUCCCAAUUUGUUGAAUGAUAACAGCAAUUCUAUAAAAGUGAAACUUGCUAUGUGUAAUAAGCUUAAAAACCUAAGGUUAAAACCAAAUGUAGUUAAAGCGCACAUUUGUAUGGGCAUUUUUGGAUUUAGUAAAACUAAAUGGUUAAUCUAAUAAGAUGCUAUCCAAUUAGGAGUCUUCUACUAAUUUACACAUUCGUACAAAUCUUUGUGAAAUUGAGACAGUAAAUCGCAAAUAACCGCCCACUUUAAUUUUGUAUAACAUAGACAUAAAUAAUGUUCAGACAAACAACAUUUAUACCUGUAAAUAUGCUUGUAAUUUAUUCAAUGGUCGCAUUGUGCGAAUAAUAUAAAUUUAUGAAUUCA